UACUUGCAAAUGUGAUCUUUUACAGAUUUAGCCUCAGCUUUACAUAUCUCUUUUCAUACAACUUGCUUCAAUUCUGUGGACACACAUGGAUUUUCUCAAACAUGACAGCCAGAUUUCUCUCUUUUGGAAAAGUGUUUUGUUCUUAGAUGCCCAGGUUGGCACUUUCUACUUUGUGGCUGUCAUGAUGGGCGCCUGUCAGCUUCUAUCUUUGUUAGAGCUGUUUCACAUAGCAGAUGGUUUUGAUGAGUGCAGACUUUUCCCUCGCUUUAUGCAGGUAAUGGAGAGAAAUGUCCUAUUGUUCCUCCUCAUCAGUCUGGAGGAGUUUCAGAGCAAACCAAUAGUGUGUGUGCAGUUUUAUCUAUGGAAUAUUCUGGGCCUUCUAAGGUAUCCACAUCGGUUGUUUUGCGUUAUAGGCACACCAUAUUUUAAAAUGCUAUGGGUGCAUCAAACACUAACAAUUCCAGUGUACUUGAUGUCUGCUGUCACAGAAGGAAUAAGCAUUUUCCUAAUGUUGCCAUACUUGUCUGAAUCUGAUGGAACAGAAUCAGUCCAACUUAAAGUUCCUGCGCCGAUGUAUAUGUAUUCUACAUAUAUUGUUAUGGGUUGGAUACUACUUCUUAUAUUAGGGUCCAGUAUAACAGUACUGCUCUUGCUGAAGGAGAGAAAAGAGAAUCUGGAGAGCUGGAAUAAGAAACUGAACAAAGACUAAAUCGGAGAUGAUGAUGUACAGGUUCUCCUACUUACCAAAAUCAUAGAAAUAUGUUCAUUAUUACAGUAUUCUGGAGGCCCAGAGCUUGUUGAACGGUGAUAUUUUUAAACCUUGUUUCUGUUAUAGUACAAACAUAUUUGUUACUAAUUUUUAUAACAAAAAACUAGUUUCGAAAAUGCAAACUUACAGCAUAAAUGCUUUCAUUCAUACAUAUGCUGUAGUCAACUGGUUACAAAGGAAAAAUAUAUAUACUGUACUUGCGUAUAGUCAAAAAUUGUGCAUAUACUGUACAAACAAGCUAUGCAAUAAAAAUAAAUAAGGGCUGAGCACAUACACAUUUUAACUCAAUAAAAAAAAAUCAUACUUAUAAAUCAAAGUUAUUUUCAAGAUCCAUCUGAUCAAACGUGAAUAGGAAUCCUACUAGUAAUGAGAAACAAAAUAUAGAAAUAAGGUGAGUGAAUCAUAUUUUCCUCCAAAAAUCUAUUUUAAACAGAUUGUACAACUGUGAAAACAUACACUGGUUAAUAUAUUUUAUCAACAUUAUUAUUACUUUGAGUUGAAGGAACCUGCUGUUAGUCAUCUGAUUUUGAUGGUCAAUUUCACUAAAACACACUGAUAAUGAAUUGAGUUUUAGUAAUGAUGAAAUCAACCUUAAAACUUCUGUCUCAGUUCAGUCAGUUUUUGGUGCUUUUUAACAUUAACACUACACACCAUUCUGUAGAUGUGCCUGCAAGAAAGCAAGGUCAAAUAAAACAAUAUUUUGCCUUUAUAUUGUUGUGUACUAAAAACAAUUUUAUAACAAAUUAUUAUUAAAACUACUAGUCUUUUAACACAAUCUGUCAUCACCUACAGUAAGUUGCUCUGGAUUAAAGGCUAAACUUAAGGAAUGCAUGUAAAUGUAAGAACAAUAUUUUUUUAGUCAUAAUAUUAAAAAU